AUGCAACUGACUUUAAAAUUCAAGUCUACGAACAAGUCCCCACAACUCGGCCGGCCAGGUGUUAUCCCUUCCGAGAUUGGCAAUCUUCAGAACCUGGCUCAAUUUGACAUUGCAAGCAACCGGAUUAGUGGAACAAUUCCAGUCAGUAUCUUCAAUAUUUCUUCUCUCCAAAUUUUAAACCUACAUCACAAUCAACUGUCUGGAAGCCUCCCAAAAGAUAUCGGGAAUCUUACAAAUCUCGAAUACUUUGACAUCUCAUUCAACAGCUUAAUAGGUGGUUUACCGCGAGAAAUUGGCAAAAUUUACCAACUGAAAAGAUUAUCAUUAGGCUUUAACAACUUCACCGGUUUUAUUCCGUUGGAGCUCUUUAACAUGUCAAACCUUCAAGUUCUUAGUCUUUUAACUAACCGUUUGUCGGCCAGUCUUCCAACUAAUUUGGAUCGCGGGUUACCCGCUCUUGAAGAACUUUAUCUCUUUAGAAACUAUUUCACGUGAGUAAUACCCGAUUCGAUCACUAACUGUUCCAAACUCAGAAUUCUCGAACUCAGUCGUAACAAUUUCACUGGUUUUGUACCUCAUUUUCUCGGUAACCUAAGAAUGUUUGAAUGUCUAUCCCUAUUCGGCAACAAUCUAAGGACCGAAUCAACUUCUUCAGAAUUGAGCUUCAUAACUUCCUUGACAAAUUGCAGAUCCUUGAAUGUGCUCGCAAUUGCUGAUAAUCCUCUAGAUGGAAUCAUCCCGGCUUCUGUUGGGAAUUUAUCUACCUCCCUCCAAAUAUUCGGUGCCUACAAUUGUAAAAUUAAAGUAUCAUCCCUGCAGAAAUUGGAAAUUUAACCAACCUCGUUACACUUUCUUUAUAUAAUAACGAGUUGUCCGGUAACAUUCCACCUACCCUCAACCAUUUGCAGAAGCUUCAAGGAUUAGAUCUACAGAGCAACAAUCUAACAGCAUCCAUUCAUGAUAGUAUUUGUGAUUUACACAACUUGGUUAUUUUAUCUUUAAGCCAAAGUAAUUUUUUUGGUCGAAUACCGGAAUGUUUA